AAUGCACGUGAGCGCUCUAGUAAGGUGAAACAGCGCCACUGAGAAAGGCGUCAGCGCUGCAGUCUCUGUACAACGAAUAGUUAUCAAAUCAACCAAACGCGGCAGGUAUUCGCUUCUGCGCAGUAAAGACUCUCGCUGUACACGUUGCUAACGGGAAAAAUAGUGUCGCUGCACUCAACAAUAUACAUUAAACAGAUGAACGUUUGUCAAAUCGAUUGGUGUCAAUGCUGAGACCCUCGACCACGGAUACCAAGCUGAAGCUACUGAAGACCUUGCACUUGUCCAAAAACCUUGCUGUCUGCAAAGGCUCACGCACCGGCAAUACCGGCAAUAAUUUAGAACUUAAAGUUCUAACACAAAUCCAGCACGUACCGUGA